UGAAUGAUGAAUGUUUGGUGAAGCUGUAAAACUGUUUUUUUAAACUUGAUUAUUCCGAAAGAAUUAGAUAACUUUAACAGUACUAAUUAUUAUUUAAGAACAUUUAAACUAUGAAAUGAUAUUUCUAAAUGUGCUGUGGUAAAAAACACGAGAGAAAUGGUUUCCAUGAUGAGCUCGGAAGCAGUUAUGGAUGAUAUUUUUAUUGGAAAAAUAGAUGACUGUGACUCAGAUGUGCGUAAAACGGGACAGGAAAUGGAUAUCAUUAGACAAAGAACAGUUGCGUAUGAAUAUCUUUGUAGAUUAGAAGAAGCAAAAACAUGGAUGGAAAGUUGUCUGAAAGAACGCCUACCGUCAGCUACUGAGUUUGAAGAGUGUCUGCGUAAUGGUGUCUAUUUGGCCAAGUUAGCUAAUUUUAUAGCACCUGAGUUAUUACCUCUAAAUAAAAUUUUCGAUAUUGAUCAAAGACGUUAUAAGAUUAUGGGACUGCAAUUCAAACAUACUGAUAAUAUAAACCAAUUUCUGCAAGUCUUGAAGAAGACAGAGUUACCAGUUACAUUUCAGCCAGAAACAACAGAUAUCUAUGACAAAAAGAACAUGCCUAGAGUGAUAUAUUGUUUACAUGCACUUAGCUCCCAUUUAUUUAAACUUGGAAAGGCUCCAUUAAUUAAAGAUGUCUUUGGAACUGCAGUGUUUACUGAUGAAGAACUUGAUUCAGUAUCUAAAGAUUUGCAGAAAUGUGAGCAUCCACUGCCAUCUUUCCAAAAAAUUGGAGGAAUUUUAUCAAAGACCAGUGCAGGGGACAAGGAGGCUUUCCAUAAGGCAGUUAUUGAGUUAAAUAAUAUUUUGGAUUCUGGAAAAUCUAUUACUUCUACCAUAUUGAAUCCACAAUUGAAACUUAGAUAUGUACAAAAUAGACUUAUUGAUGAAUAUAGAAAAGUUUUGAAUGCAGCUAGAAAAGAAAAAAUACAAAUAGCCCAUAAUCAUUCGCUGAAUGAUAGUUAUGUUCCUGAUGAGUAUGAUGAAAUGUUGACUCAAGUGGAGAUACAAGGCCAUAUUACUGCAGUCAAUUAUAAAUUCUUGUGGAAAUCAUUGUGUACUGCAUCACAAUCAAAUAAUUUAAAAGAUAUAGAUAAAAUAUUUAAUGAAGAAUGGGUAAAAGUAAAAAAUUAUGACAAAAAUAACAUCGAUUUUUAUUAUGAUGUUGUUAGAGAAAUUAUGGAAUUCAACAAAGAUGUUGAUGUAGAAAGUGUGACAAACUGGCACAAGAUAUUUCAGAACAUUGUCAAUGAAGGGAAUCGCAAGUCUCUAAAACAUGUGGAUCACAAGAAAGCUAUAUGUGAGGUAAAUCGUGCUUUAGACAAAGGGGACCCUGAUGAAUUAUAUAAAGCUUUGACAAGUCCCCAUUUGGGAUUAAACAUAAAGAUUGAUAGGUUUGCAGCACCACUAUUGUUUGAAGAAAUGAAGUUAGAGAAAUAUGAAUUAGAAAAGAAUUUGAAUGAAAAUGAAAUAGCAGCAUCAGUUUCUUAUCUGACAGCUAUAGCUGCAAUUUCUCAAGCUGUGGACAGGGGGGAUGAAGCCGCAGUGUGGCACUCACUACAAUCAAAACAGGUUAAUUUAGAAGGCUUGCGUCCUCAUUGCCGUCGUCGUUAUCUGUCAGCACUAGUGAAUGCUCUGCAGGUGAAAGUUAGAGAACAAUGUGGUUGUUCUCUGCUCACUUUGGAAGAUAUCCGUGAUACUAUUGAUAUGGUCAACAUGAAAGAUGAUGACAAUGAUGAAUUGGUUGAGAUAGUUGAUAGAAUUAACAAGGCUGUUUUUGAAGAAGAUUCGGAAACUCUAAUGACAUCGUUGAGAAGUGCCUGUUUACAAUUACCAUCACCACUGCAUAUGGAAGAGCAGCAUUUAUAUUUGCGUAUGUUAAAAAAGAAGUUGGUACAUAAAGAAUCUCAAAAUCUCUGGCUAGAUGACAUAGUGGAAGUUAUUAAUGAAGUUAAUUCAGAGUCACUGAAAGUAAAGGGAUUGACAGAAGCCUUAGUCCAUUUGAACUUGGCAGUUAUAAAAAAUGAUUUAGAUGAAUUUUGGGAUGCACUUUCAUGUCCUCUGUUAUCUGGACCUGGUUUGAUAGAAAGCUCAUGUAAGGAUGUUUACUUCCAAAUGUUUUCCAAAGCUUUGAAAAAGAGAGGCCAUCAUAUUUGUCCAUGGAUUGUCUCUCAUACAGAUGCAGGGAAUACUGUUUAUAUUGAUGUUGAGUCAUAUACCUACAGCUGGAAGACUCCCAGAGAUUUUGUUCCAUAUGCCCGUUAUCUAAGCAGGAAAGAUGUGAGUGUUCUUAUUGAAAAGACUAAUAAGCAUCACAUUAAUAAAUAUAAACAAAUCAUAAUUGAGAAAACAGUUACAAAAAUUCAGGCAUACUGCAGAGGAUAUUUAUUUAGGGAAAUGUUUCGACGAAGACUUAAAUAUUUCAGAGACAAUGAAGAGUAUGUAAUUAAAAUACAAGCUUGGUGGCGGAAAAUAUUGAUACAUAAAAAAUAUGGAACUAUUAUUAAGAUGAAAGCAAUUGAAGCAAAACUAAAACGAGAGAGGAAGCAAAAUCCAUGGGUUUGGUAUAAAGUACAGGAGCAUAAAAUUGUAAAAAUACAAGCUCGGUGGCGCGGGCGCAGAGCUCGCCAAGCCUUUACUUCUUUGUUCCACUCACCAAACCCACCCUUGAAAGCAGUUAAAAAAUUCAUUCCCAUGUUAGAUUUUUCUACUGAUGAUUAUGACCGCGAAAUUGAACUACAAGGUCUCAAAUCUGAAGUAGUGCAAUCUAUACGAAAGAAUCAAGAAUUAUCAAAACAGAUAGACGACAUGGAUCUUAAAAUUGGUCUCUUGGUUCAAAACAGAAUAGCAUUACAAGAGGUAGCAGCACACGGCUUAAAGUUAAACAACUUAGUCAAACACAAUUCCAUGACUAAACUGGUAUUCCAGAAUAUUCCAGAAGGCAAAGGAACACUGAUGACAGUUUCCACGGCUGUAAAAGGCCUGAAAUCACUCACUAAAGAAAGCAAGCGAUUGUUAGAUGGUUACCAACAUUUGUUUUAUGAACUACAAACGAACCCGACAUAUUUAUCUAAACUUUUAUUCUGUAUACCACAAAAUAAAACCAACUUUUUCCUACAAAAUGUGGUUCUAAGUCUGUAUAAUUUCGGCGCCUAUGCUCGAGAUGAGUAUUUGCUGUUGAAAUUGUUUAGAUUUACAUUAGAGGAGGAAAUAAGUUGUAAAGUGGUAAAGCCCUUUGAUGUCAUUGCUUCAACUCCACUGGUUCUCAAAAUGGCAGUGAGUCUGUCAAGACAGUUGUCUGGUCUUAACAGCCUUCAAAGUAUAAUUGGACCUUUAGUAGAGAAGAUGUUGAAAGACAAAGAUUUGAAUAUAGAAACUGGGCCUGUGGAAAUUUACAAAGCAUGGAGGAAUGAAACAGAAAUGAAGACUGGGCAAAUAUCAAAACUACCUUACAAUGUGACACAGGAGGAAGCGCUCUCGUAUCCAGAAGUAAAAAUUCGUUUAGAAACAGCUUUAAGCCAGCUCAAAACAAUCGUGACAAUGUUUCUAGAUAAGAUAACGCAAUCGACAGAUUUACUUCCCUUUUGCAUUACAUACAUGGCCAGAGUCUUGCAUAGAGCUCUUACUUCCAAAUUCCCUCAUACUCCUGAAAAGGACAUAUUGAAGGUGAUUGGUAAUUUAGUGUAUUAUCAAUUUCUGAAUGCGGCUAUUGUAGCCCCUGAUGCUUUCCACAUUAUCAAUAUGCCAAAUGGUGCUGUGUUAACAACUGACCAAAGGAAAAAUCUUGCAUCAGUUGCUAAAAUACUUCACUUUUCUGCUGCUAAGAAAGGGUUUGGCGAGGAAUCUAGUCACUUGCGUUGUCUCAACCCAUUUAUAGUGGAGUGCCACGAAAAGAUGAAAGAAUUGUUUAGACGCUGCUGUCGGGGACCCACAUUGGAAGAAUAUUUUGCUGUAGAUGAGUAUACUGAAGCAACUUUGCUGCAUCAUCCCCAUAUCUACAUAACUGUUCAGGAAAUCGUAGAUACCCACGCUCUCUUAGUGGAGUACCAGGAUAUCUUAGCUCCAGACUCAAGCGACCGCUUGAACGAGCUACUGGAGGAGCUGGGGGAGGUGCCCUCGGUGUCGCAGCUCGCAUCUCGUGAUAUCGACACGGUAAUGGGAGAUACACCGGAGGAGAAUGCGAGACUGGAAGUGUGUUUGGCGCUUGUGAAUAAAUUCCAGGCGCCUUCAGAUGACAUGACUGAUUUAAAUAAGCUGUUUAUAAAGACCAAGGAGUUGUGCGUUGCCAUCAUACCGUUUCUUAAUGGUGAACAUCUUUUAGAAGCUUUAUGUAUAGGCACUACAAAGGAACAGCAAGAAAAAUACGCUGAAAAAGUUCAGAGAAGGAUUUAUUCCGGCCAAGCAAAACCAGACGAGGUCAUGUCAUUAAGAGAACAUAUAGCUAAGUUACGACGCAAUUUACAAAUGCUGGAGGACGAGGGAUAUGUGACAAGGGAAGAUGGCUACCAGGCAUUGAUAACGUCUAUAGCUCUUGAUCUUUGCAAUAAGGGCAAGUACCGACAAGCUCAGAGGAGAGCACUAACCACACUCACGCGCACUAAACAAAGUUUGCAGGAAAAAACGAAGUACUACGAGGAAAAGUGCCAGUCCUAUGAUCAAUAUAUCAAGUCGUGUCUGGCCAAUCUUCACGCAGGGAAAAGGAGUGUCCACGCUUGCCUAAGAAGAUCAGGAAAGGAUAUGCAAAAAUUGAAAUCUAAACUGACUGUGAAGUAUUCAGGUGCCAAGUUGUUGGAAAGAGGCGUCUUGUUGGAGAUAGAAGGGCUCUCGCCGUCGCAGUUCAAGAAUGUUCAGUUUGACAUCACGCCGACCGACACCAACGGCGUCUUCACCAUCAAAGGCAAGUUUAUGGGCGUAGAAAUGGAAUCGGUUGAAGUAGAUAUACAAGAUUUGCUACAAAAGCAGUAUGAAGGAUGUGCUAUAAUGGACAUGUUCGGUAAAGCGAAAAUUAACGUUAAUUUGCUUAUAUUUCUGUUAAAUAGUAAGUUUUAUGGUAAGGUUUAGAUAACAUAACUUUUGAUCUGUUAAAAAUUUAUUCAGUGUUUGCGCUAUUAAAUUAAGUUUUUUUUACAUUCAAAACAUCACUUUUGAUCUUGUUACAAUUAUUUGUUUGUGAUAGUCGAUAAUCACAGGUUAUUGUCAUUAAAUCAUGGUUAAAACAAAUUUUUACAGAUUGAUUUUGCUCUCUAUUUAUUUUCACAACAAUAAUUUACAUUUAUAGCACGUCACACAAUAAACGCUGCUUAGCGAGGGAGGCCUCGUGUGUUUACCAAUAACAUUUCCUUCUUGUACAACUGUAGUGUAUGGUAGAUGUAGUGUAGUUGUAGAAAUUUACUUUAUUACUAUGAAUUUGAUUUGUUUUUCUUAUAGAAUUCGGACUAAUAUAAGACUGUAGAAAUGGCAACUAAAUGGUAAAUGUUUAAAACCAACUUCAGUCAAACGUUUUCCUAUUGCAUCUCGAUAGUCGUUGCAAGAUACGUUCCUACAGACUGAAAUAUAAAUUUCUAUUGUCUUAUAUCAUUUUGAUUUAUAUGAUAAGGUACUCUUUGAUUCGAAUGUCAAUACCAAAUUGUUUUUUCAUGAAGUAUUAGUUAUACCAAAAAUAUUUGACGCUUGUGUUAUUUAAUUAUUUGAUUUAAGGUAUGUACAUGUUUAAGUCAUACAAUUUUUUGUGUAUGGAUAUAAGAAUGUGGACGAUAUACUCAGUGUGUUUAACGCAUCGGUAAUAUGUCUAUCUCUCUCUCUGUUUCUCUGUCAUCGUAAGAUAUUUUAAGCUAAAGGAAGCAUAAAGUUUUGUAUAUGUCACAAUAACCAACAACAACCUGCUUCUUCUUUGAAGUCAGUUGAUAUGAAUUUGUUUUUAACUUUCAAAGUUUUUAGCCUUGGGAAUCUUCUUGAUUUUAUUUUUAAUUUUAUAGAAAUGUACCAAAACUAUUUAAGCAAUAAAUAUAUUAACAUUAUUGCUACAUCGAUAUAAUUCUAACGGUCGUAUAAAAACCGCACGUCUUUGAUCACCAUGCGUUUUUAAUUUAAGAAUGAAUAAUCUGUUACUAAUAUAAUGUUGAAACAAGUGUUUUAAAUUUCUUUUGUAAAAGAAAUGAAGAUGUGUAUGGCAAAAAGUUCGGCUGAUUAUUCUAACAUAGACUCUAACGCUUUAACUAAUAUCAAGUUUAUAUUCCUUCACCAAGAAAAGACAUGAACUGUGGUUAAUUAAAGGAGGCAUUUUCAUAA